CGCGAUUUAUCUUUCGAUACUUAAAUCUUGGAAGGGUACUCCUGUUAUCUUUGUUGCUGAUUGAUUGCUACCUUUCCUAUCGCUGCAGCAUCGCGUACACAUAGUCCAUAUCAGAGAAAAGGGCUUGUUGCUGAUUUCUCCCUUGAGGGAUGUGAUAAAUGGCCUUGUGUAUAAUCAGCUAGGCAGCCGUGCUAGCCAUCAUCGGAAAGCUUUCAGAUUGUGACUUUGGGAUGGCAUUAAGGCGCAUGCUACUGGCGCACAAGAGCCUGGGAAGCCAGUGCACCCCUUUUACCGUACAUUCUUGUAGAACGUGCACCUCAAAUCAAGCCGGCGCAUCAGGCCAGCCGGGUGCAGAUCCUGAUCAGGUCCCUGAUCCACCAUCUGCUGCAGCUGCAGUAGGCCUGAUGGGCUUUGGGGCUCUCGGGGCGGUUCUUGUCGCCGCAGUUGGUGUCUAUGGAGUGCUCCAGAUAUCCCUCAUGGUGGCACAAGGCACGGGGCGGACCAUAAUGGCAGACAAACAGACAGAUGCUCGGCAGGCAGAGGGUGCAGAACAGGAGGCAAAAUCAAGGCCAUGAUGUUCAUGAAACUCAAGCCUACCCGCCUUGUGCAAGCACAUAAGCUUUGAAGUGUAGCAGAAGCUGAAGAUCAGAAAGUAUCAAUAAUGACCACGAACUUCUGUUCUGCAGACGCCUGCAGCCAUGCUUUAGCUUGCAGAGUAUCGACUGGAAUUGCAUGACGUAUUCACUGGCAGUGAGUGACAGCUUGCCAAGCAUGGGCAGUGCCCGCCGCGGCAGCCUGACCAAACUGACAUCAGUGUCCAGUGGCAGUCGCUGUGACCACAUAUACUGAAUAAAAUAAACGGCAGUCAUCACUGGUAAAGGUACAUGUAAAGCUCAACUGCUUG